GAGCUAGUUGUCCAGUUAUAUCAUAUGCAUGACGCAAGAGCAGUUGAUGGCCAUUAGUGAAUCGCAAUGCACAUUUAGACUGUAGUAUUCUCGAAACGGGAAUGUCAACGUUAGCUAAAUUUUGAAAUCGCAGAGAAAUAUUACAGGGAAGAGCUGCGGUACAGCGACAGUCAUCACGUUGGUUGCUGCGCUAGCUAGUCUACAUUAGCUUUCUUGCUGGAUCUCCGAAAUUAUACGAUAAAGCAACCCAGCUAUGGACCACGAUGACAAUCGGAUCGUUCCCAGAGACGUCCUGCCUGUUGUCAUCAUUGGCAAUGGGCCCUCUGGGAUUUGCCUGUCCUACCUGCUGUCAGGGUACAUGCCGUACCUGUCGCCUGAGGGCACCCACCCUAAUGCCCUUCUGCAGAGCAAGCUGGAGCAGCACUCGCACAUUUCCAUACUGGAACAGGAUCUGGAGUAUCUGUGUGAAGGGCUCGAGGGUCGUUCCUCCAACCCGGUGGCCGUGCUCUUCGAUUCCCUCCUCCUGCCGGACAGCGAUUUCGGAUUGGACUGCGCCUCCCCGCUGCUGUGGCGCUACCAGCCCGAACGCGCCGUCCGACACCUGGUGCUCGGCAAGGGGCCACCAGGGGGCGCUUGGCAUGCAAUGGAGGGAUCCAUGCUCACUCUCAGCCUUGCCAACUGGAUGGAGCUCCCAGGCCUGAAGCUCAAGGACUGGGUUAGAGAGAAGCGCAAGAAUGUUCGCAACGACCGCGCCACACCAGCGGAAAUCGCCUCGUAUUACCAGCACUACGUGGCGGAGAUGGGCCUGCAGGACAGCUUCGCGUGCGGGACCACCGUGACCUCGGUCCAGCGCGUCUCCUGCGAGGAGGGGGCCGGCCGCGGGCCAUGGCGGGUGCAGGGACAGCGCUGGCGGGGAGGGGAGGAGGUGCCCUUCACCGUGUACGCCGAGAACGUGGUGCUGGCCACGGGCACCCACGACAUCCCCGCCCGCCUGGGCGUGGAGGGCGAGGACCUGCCCUUCGUCUGCCACAGCUUCUGGGAGCUGGAGGCGGCCAUCGAGUCCGGGCGGCUGGAUCAGGCCUCCGACCCCGUGCUGAUCGUGGGGGCGGGGCUGACGGCGGCCGACGCCGUGCUGGCCACGCACCACCUCAACACCCCUGUCUACCAUGCUUUCCGCCGCUCCGUCACCGACCCCGACCUCAUCUUCAACCAGCUGCCCAAGGUGCUCUACCCCGAGUACCACAAAGUGCACCAGAUGAUGACCCAGCAGCAGCAGCAGCGGGCGGCGCCGUCGAGGCCGGGGGGCUCCCGAGUCUCGCACCCUGAGCACGCCCCCUCCUCUUUCUCGGGCUCGUACCCGGGGUACGUCAGCUUCCCAAAGCACCACGUGGUGGCCUUCAAGCCCGACCGCAAGUGUGUGCUGGAGGGGGAGGGGGGCCGGCGCACGGCUCUGCAGGUCUCCAUGGCUCUGGUGCUGAUCGGCGCCCACCCCAACCUGUCCUUCCUGCCGGAGAACGGCCAGCCGCUCAGCCUCAACCCCCAGGAGGCCGUCAGCUGCCGCCGCAACCCGCUGGACGUGGAGCCCUACACCUACGAGUCGCUGCACGAGCCGGGCCUGUACGCCAUGGGCCCACUGGUGGGGGAGAACUUUGUGCGCUUCCUGAAGGGCGGCGCUCUCGCCAUCGCCACCCACCUGUCCAGGAAGCAGCGGCAGCAGCAGGGGGAGGAGACAAACGGACAGGCGGUCUGAAGAGCCGGAAUCCAGCUGCAUCCUGAACUCGUAAAGAGCGCACACACACACAUACGCUAGCCUACACUGGAGUGGUCAGGACUUUGGCCUCGUUUCGAGAUGGCAGCUGUAAGACAGAGUCUCCCAGGGGGCUGGGGGUCUCAAUAAGAUCUGCAGGGCGCUGAAAGAAUCCCCCAGGUCGAGGGAGAGGAGGGCCGCUGACCGGGAGGGUUGUAGGGGGGUGUGGGGGGGUGCACUGUCCCAAAAUCCUUACCUUGGUUCUGAUCCAUGUACAACAUAAGCAUGUGGAAAGAUGCACUCUCUGAAAACCUCUGUGGCUAUGCGGACAGAAUUGGGUAUAUUAAGCAUGUGGGGUUCAUACUGUAAAGUUUCAGUCAACAUUAACGGCAGGUGGUUAAAAACCACCAUGGGGAUAUAAAGCGGGUAGAUAUACUGAGCAAUACUAACAGGGGGAUGGGAAUGGAGGCUGCAAUCCCACAGAUACAUUCCCUGUAACGUGUAGGUGGUAGGUAGGCAACGAGAUUUGUGGUCUUGUUGCACAAUAAUAUAUUUUUAUAAUAAAUAUCUGUUGUCUCUGUGGGAGUGACUGAAGGUAAGCAGUUCAGUCGUAAUUUUCAUUCUUGUGGGUGCUAAAUGAUGUACAGGCAUUUGAUGUGCAUGUACAGCCUGCAGUGCUACAACAGGCGAGACUUCCACACUAUCAAUCUUCCUUAAGAAGAAAGAGAAAUCGGACAGGGCGAAUUCAGGCUUAUUUUUCUUGUCUGGAAAACAAAAAAAGCUCAGCGGUACGUGAAUGUGAAAUUCAUGUUUCAAUAUCCAAACCAGUUUAACCUUAUUUUGAAACAAUGUCAUGGGAAAAUGUAGGCUAAUAUAUAAUUUAUUAGGUAGGGCUGUUUGAAAGACACUAAAUUUAGGAGUGGUAGAUUUGGCCUUUAAAAAUGUCAUAUCGGUUGUUCUGUUUGUUUCACUGGUAGGUUGGGUCAAUGUUGCAUUUCCCUAAAAUUGAUUAACUUUGUAUGGAUUGUGUCAUUAUCAUCCAGUAGCUUUUGAGGUGACAGUUCUUUUCUUUCUACUUUGAGAUCUGAUAAAAGUAACAAGCAAA